GAAAUUAUUUCACAUUGAUUUUACGAGUUGUUUUUUUAAAUGUAUUUUUGUUAUUCAAUGUGUUGAUCCUGCGGAAUUCCGUCUUUACGCAAAUACUUGAGACAGUGAAUGUGUAAUAAAAUAAUAUGUCAUGUUCCUAUUAGACAUCAAUGGCCGUAUUGCUGUUUUGUCGUGCAUCAAUAAUAUGUGUUUUGCCGUGUCUGGACAAUAGAUUGUAAUGUUUCAAUCAAAUAAUGUGAUCAUGCAUAACUAUCUGUGCCGAAAGUGGUUCCUGCUGCUGUUAUUCGUGGUUUAUCGCAAGCUGGACCCUGUAGAAGGCUUGAAAUGUUACUGCGACACGACGGGGCCCAGCUGCCAGAACGAGACCUGCGAGACGGACGGCUUCUGCUUCGCCUCCACCACGCUCAAGGACGGCGUCGAGAAGUACGAAUACCGCUGUAUGGAACGUAAAGCACUGAUACCGCCGGAGCACCCCUUCGGUUGCUCCACGACGAAGGCUAAAAAUGAGUCCGUGGUGAUACAGUGUUGUGACAGUCGUGACAUGUGCAAUCGCGAUAUGCGUCCGCAGCUGCAGCCGAAGCCGCCAGACACAACGCCGACCGCGGCGGCAUGGCAAGUGGUGCCCUGGAUUAUUGGCCUCAUGGUCCUGGGCAUAUGCGCCGCCAUAAGCUUCUGGUGGGCCAAGCGGUCCCGCAAGAUGCUCAAGAGGGGCCUGGGCUCCAGGCCGCUGUUCCCUGCCGAGGACUCGCUGUGCGAACCGAGACACCCGAUACUGGGAACGGCCACAAUCAGAGAUAUGAUUGAGUUGACGACCUCUGGCUCUGGAUCAGGUCUCCCAUUACUGGUGCAACGUUCCAUCGCCCGCCAGAUCCAACUAGUGGACAUCAUAGGCAAGGGCCGUUUCGGCGAGGUGUGGCGCGGCCGCUGGCGGGGCGAGAAUGUCGCCGUCAAGAUAUUCUCCUCGCGCGAGGAGUGCUCCUGGUUCCGCGAGGCAGAGAUAUACCAGACUGUCAUGUUGCGCCAUGAGAACAUACUCGGGUUCAUCGCCGCUGAUAAUAAAGACAACGGCACAUGGACACAACUGUGGCUGAUCACGGACUACCACGAGAACGGCUCGCUGUUCGACUUCCUGACGGCGCGCACCAUCGACUCGGCCACGCUCGUCAAAAUGGCGCUUAGCGUCGCCACAGGCCUGGCGCAUCUGCACAUGGACAUCGUUGGCACUAAAGGCAAGCCAGCGAUCGCCCACCGUGAUCUCAAAUCGAAGAACAUCCUAGUGAAGAGCAACCUCACCUGUGUGAUCGGAGACCUGGGGUUGGCGGUGCGACACAACGUAUCUAGUGACUCAGUGGACGUGCCGUCGACUAACCGCGUCGGCACCAAGAGAUACAUGGCGCCUGAGGUGUUAGACGAAACAAUGGACACGCGCCAGUUCGACCCGUACAAACGCUCGGACGUGUAUUCGUUCGGUCUGGUGGUGUGGGAGAUGGCGCGGCGAUGCGGCGCGCUGCCCGACGAGUACCAGCCGCCGUACCACGACUGCGUGCCGCCGGACCCCGCGCUCGAGGACAUGAGGAGGGUCGUGUGCCUGGAGCGCAGGCGGCCGAGCGUGCCCAACCGGUGGCACUCGGACCCGAUCCUCUCGUCAAUCUCGAAGGUGAUGAAGGAGUGCUGGUACCAGAACCCGGCCGCGCGGCUUACGGCGCUGCGCAUCAAGAAGACGCUCGCCAACAUCGGCGCGGGCGACCUCGGCAAGAUGUAGGCCAACCUCACGCCGAUUGGACGGCCCUUGGUCAGGUCUGUUACUAUAUAACCACCCCGUCACUGCUUCACGAUUGUUGCUAUGCCAACAUUGAUUUAUACUAGAAGAAACAACCCUUUCAGCCCGGCCACGAUAUUGGUCUAAGGCGACAGUGUCGGCCAUAGGUUGGGUUGGGUACACAGCGAAGGACCUUUCGGUCACCCGUGUGGCCGCGCAACUUUCGUAGACCCAACUAACUUGUAUUAUAAGUCACUGUUGGCCGGUUGUCAAUGUGGACUGCAUUUGAUUGACAAGUGAAGUAAACUUUUGCGGAGAGUGACUUGCGCUAGUUACAGAAGGUGUAGCAAGAAACUUUAAAACCAAAUCUGGUGUACAUGAAAAAAUAAUGGUUUUAUUUGUAAAACUGAUGCUUUCCUCUUGAUGUUAUAUUUCGUUUAUUUCAUUCGCACCAGCUUUGCCUAUUUAUGAACAUAUAAAGUAAAAAUGCUGUGCGUUUCCAACUAAAAUAACUACACCUAGGUUACUUACGCGGUGGUUAUAAUGCGCCAAUUGUAUAAAGAUAGUAGAAUAUUAGCAGCGCUGUGCGAAUUUUAAAAGUGUCAUGAAUUAACUUUUCGUGGCGCUUUUUCAAUGUGUACGACUGAAUAGUAGAAACGAGUCAUGUAGUAGUAAGGAAAAGGAACGCUUGGCGUAUUGCGUUGGGGUUCUGGUUAUAAGAUAUCGUGCGGUAGAGUUCUCGGUACAACAUUACAAUUCUAAAUUUGACUUUAAUUUGCUCUAAUUAUUGACUAUAUGAAACUUUAUUCAAUAUAAAAUUUCUGUUAAAUGUCCCAAAUAUGGCAAACUGUAUUGUUAUUUUGAUCCUGCGCGAUUUUGUCUGGCUUGGCGAUGGCAAUAGUUUUUUAACCGACUUCCAAAUCUCAAAGGAAGUAGGUUAUCAAUUCGUCUAUGUUUUUUUUCUUAUUACACUUAAAUAUGAAAUGAGAUAAGUACCAGAUCUCUAUUGCAUCAAAGAGUUCAAUCGGUUGAAAGUUAUGUUUUGAUUAAGACCGGACGCACGCGGAAUCGAAAUAUACUAUCGAUUAUAACGAUAGCUGCGUAUCGAGACGUUUUAACUCUAGAUGUUUCUAUGUCCUAGAUGUAUUUGAAGGUAUUCAUGUACCUGAUGUGUGUUUGCGUGCGUCUGUCUUGCUGUCGGCCCACGAUACACCUUGCAGUCAUCUAGUAUUGGCUAGUGUUUGUAUUUGUACAUUAUUUGUGACGUAGAUAAUAUCAGAGACGUUAGAUGGAUAAGUCAUGCGCGUCAUAAGAGAUAAAAUACAUGUUUAAUGUUUCUAAAUGUCGUGUAACCGAUGAAGAUUAGAUCUUUUGAUCAAUACUUCGAGCUUCUCACUGCAUUGAGUCCAAGGAGACCCGAACGGCAAAGUGUAUCGUGUGACGUGAACCCAGUUCGGCUCCGCCGAAUUGUCCUGACCCCUACCUCUUAGAUUUAUAUUAUUAAAUAUAAUAAUAUCAGAAAGGCGCAUUUAAUAAAUACGUUAUACGGACUUCAUGUAGUGAUAUUAUUUUGUUACCAAGAACGUAGUUUUUAUUUGUUAAGGCUAUCCUGUUUGAUCGUAAUCUUUGUGAAAAGCUUUUUUGUUAAUUUCCUGUGAUAUUUGACUUCGCAGAUAGUGUGUUGUUUCCGAGUGUAUCUAAUAAGUAGGAAUCUACGUAACGCGUCGAGUCGAGAAGGAGAAGGGUAAAUGAAUGAAGGAUUGUAAAGUAUACUUUUAAGGCGACAUACUAAUUAGUAUGAAUAUUUACUAUCUACAACCAUUAUAGUAACUACGUCGACUUGGCGCGUUAUGUCUGUGCCCGUUCUGUAUCCGUGUUUGUUGCCACGAGUGGUAAUUUUUGCUUUCCAGCAAUAAAAGAGUCACACGAACUAGCCGUGAAAAUGCCGCACCUUCGAUUUUUAUUAAAAUGAGAUGAAACUUAGGGGCAGUAAGCCGUUUCCGUGUCGAUAGGUUUGGGUAAACUCUAGCUCUGUAGCUUACUGACAUAAGCAAGCGAAAAUUACUACUCGUAAUACAUUUCAUUUGAAAUGAAAUUCUAUACCAGAUCUAUUGCUGCGUUAUGCCAGGGUGAACGGAGCGUCACCAUUAAGCGGGUUUACAAUUGAUCUCUUUAAUACUAAGUUUAAACACCUGAAUUAGUAUAAUAGUACGAGUAUACUCGUAAUUGACAAAAUCCAAAUGUUCAAAAAGUAUGUUCGUGUUUUAUGAAGUCAAUAAUGAUCUCUAGCUGUAUCAGUUAAAAACUAUUCGAUUAUAGUGAUCUUAAUAUAAAACACGUUGAAAAUCAUUGACAGCGUUAGUGCUAAGAAAAUAACGUUUGCAGUACAGAUGGUAUUUUUUUUACGCACUAGUGCGAGAAGUGGUUCAUUAUAUGUCUGGUCGAAACUUCGGUGAGCCAUCUGUACUGAAAAACGUCGUACGAUAUGCGUGCGAAAAGGAAAUUCGAAAAGAGUGGCGAUGAAUUAAAACACGACCGAAGGGAGUGUUUGAAAUCAACACGAGUUUGAUUUUCAGUUCGAGCUUUUUUACGCACUUGUAUCGUAAUGUACUAUUUCAGUACAGAUGGUGCUUUUUACCCGCAAUAGUGCGCAAAGUGCUCGAAACUUGAAACGCUCAUCUGUACUGAAAAACGUCGUACGCGUUUGAAAAGGAAAUUCCAACUUUUUCUGUUAUUUAUUACACUUGGUAGAAAUAUAACGUAUUGGACAGAAACAAUAUGUAUUGAAAAGAGGUGACUUCUGCCCGCUGUCGACGCUCCCUUCAGCCUCGUAGUCUCGCACUCUAUUCGAUGCAAGAGCGUUUUCAAACUAGAAAUAUAUAUCGAACACAACUUGAAACUAUACAAAGCAAACAAAGUGUAAAGCCAGAAAUACGCUGACGAGACCUAGCCUGGUGACACUAGAGACGAACAAAUCAAAUGAAAAACUAAACAUUAAAAAAAUGAUCUCAUAGGCAGCUACGUAAAAAUAAUAAUAAAGCUGAAUAAAAAAAAAAGAACAAAAGAAUUACAUACUUAUUUAGGUUAUUUAGGCUUUGAUUUGAGUAAUCAUUUCGGUAACAAUGCAACAAUACGCUAAGUUGGGACUGAUCUGAUGAUGCAGUCGGAAAUAUGGUGCAAAAGAAAUUCUAGAGGGUAAAACAAUGUUAUUUAUUUUAUAGGCUUAUCGUAUUUUUUAGAAGUUUGAGUAAGAGGCUUAGACCGUAUAAGAUACUAUCACGGAGUAGGUAACACCAAUGGAACGUUUAGAAAGAAAGAUAUAUAAGUACAUAAUGUAUGUACACAUAACGUUAGGCGAUUUUUUCAUAAUUAUUUGUUUAGCAUCAAAAUACAGUUGGAUAUGAAUAUAACAACCUAGAAUCACUAUUUUAGAUAUUCGGUAAGGUAUGUAGUUUGGCGAGAAUGAUAUUAUAUUAGUGGUGAUUGGCUGACAGAUACAUUGGGUAUCUGUAAGCAGGGAGGGAGGGGGAGGGGGGGUGUACCGAAGAAAAAUAAUGAUGGUUAAGCUUGAUUUUGUAAUGUACAGUCGUACUACUUAUCUCAAUUGAUAAAAAUUUGGUAUACGUUUUUUCUUUCCCCCUGAAAUUAUUUAGUCACCAUUUUACUUUGUCUUCCAAUUGUGAUUAUAUAAAAAUCCCUUGUUAUAUAUAUUUUUAUAUGGAACGAAGAGGGUGAAGCGGGGAAGCCGCGUAAUCGGUAUUAUCGGCGUGGUGCUAUUGCUUUCGAAGCAAAUGUUGUCUAGUAGUGUCUCAAUGUAUGUAACAAAUUUAGUGAUAUUUCUUUUUAUUUUAAGCGAGAUCUUAAAGAGGUAGUGUACUCUAGAACCAAUGUUAGGAGGGUCGUGUAGGUAGAUAGUUUGACAUUAGACGUAGCUAGCGGAGGACAAAAUAUUGAUAAAUUCAUUAAAUUAUUAUAAAGUUAUAUUUUUCUGAUAAGUUUCAAGAAAUCUUUGUCCCAAUAACGUGCUAGUUUCCAACAAUGCGAUAUUCGUCUAAAACUCUUCUUGCCGUUUUAAUUGCAAUUAAAUGCAAACUCAACAUAAGUGGCAUCCUCAGUAAAAGGUUACAGUACUUUUUGCCAGUAUACAUUGUUCGACAAGUAAACAUAGUAUUUGCGAAACGCUCCUGCUCGAGUUCGGUGCAUUUUAAAUUGUUGAAAUGACAAAUUGUCCUCGUAAGCUUCUAUCGACUAUGUUCAGUCUAUAUUCUAUUAUACUGCGUGUAAACCACUCCAAUGUUAAACGUUCACGUUUCGAUAAAAUACAGUAUCAUACAUUUGCAAUAAGUAAAAGUUUCUCUUUAGAGUUGGUACUAAAAUUCUUAUAAAAAAAUAACGCCCGUUUACACACAUACUGAUAUUUUAAGGACUCCUGAAAAGGUAACAAAAAGUUUUAACAUUAGACGGAUUACAUGUUUUAUAGUCUAUAAAGAUUUAUUUUGUAAUUUAGAUCCCAGUUAGAGUAAGAGGUGAGAGAUCAAAACUAAUUUAGCAAAGCACGUAUUUUGAUAGGUACUUAUUCCAAAUAAUAUUCUUAUAAACAUUUGGAAUAGGUAUACGGCCGCGUGGAGAUCUGCCGUACCGUGCUCUUUUUACAUUUAUGUCCUAAUAUGGUGCAUUUACUGUCAUAUGUAGUAGGUAAUAUGAUAAAUAUACCAUCAUAAACGCACUUAAUUUCUUCAAACUUGUAGAAUAAAGAAAAAAAAGAUAAGGUUACUCUCAUGCCUUUGGUAGACUUUUAGAAAAAUGAUUCGGCCUAACUAAUACUUUCUUUAGUGAGAGUACUAAACUCCAGUCAUUUAUAAAAAAUUGACUUACUCAAAAACUACCGAAAUAAUGUAAAUGGUUCUUUCAAAACCUGGCUCGUUGGUGACAGCAUAAAAAUAUAUCUUUGAAUAGGUUUCUGAAUAUUACAUAGACAUGCUUGCAUAAAUGUGGUAUGUUACAUACACAUGGUACGGUAUGGUAUGGUAGGUUUACACGCGGCCAUAGAGGCAGCCCUCUUUAUACGAUCUAAUAAACGCGUAAGAUUUUGUAAGCACGUAGAUUUCGUACAUAAUGCAUAACUUGUACAUUUUGUAGUAGACAUUGAGAUAAUUUAUUUUUUGUUUUAUUUUUUUAUUGAUGCCGUUGUGGCGGAUAUGCUUUUAACGCGUAACGGUGCGGCCUGUUGUAUAAAGACUAUAAAGUAUGGUUAAAGUAACCAAACAGGCAUAAGAGAAGAACAACUUACAUCACUCAGAUGAACGCCAUAAACCACCUAUUGCAUUCUGAUCCCCGGGUGGGAUAUGUGUUUGCAUUUUUUCAAUACUACAGGAACUGCGUUAUUUUCAUAAGUUAUUGUUUUUUUUUAUUAUAUAUCGGAAGGUUUUUUCAUAUGCGUUUCCCGUAAGACGUUAAACAUACUUAAAAUAAGUACGCUAAACUAUUGUUUUUGCAUUUGCUAAGAGUUUUACGGAAAAUGUUAUACUGCUGCCCACCUUUGUUUAUUUAUUUUUAAUUUUAUGUUACUUUAUUCAUUUUAUCCAUAUUCUUGAAACGCGUAUGAAAUUGCUCCGAAUAAUCGUAUUUUGGAAUAGUAAGGAGAAAAGUGAUUUGUUUUAAAGUUCACUUCUGUAUAAAUAGUUGUUAAUUUGAGAUUUUGUUUUACUUUUAAAUAUGCUAAGGAUUCGAGUGCACCUCGAGCAGGCACAGUGAAAAGAAAAUGACAAUAAUAUGUUCUUUGAUUGCCAUUUUCAUUUUUCUGUGAUAUUCAGUAACUGAAAAACUUGUGAAUGGCCGCUAUAGACUGAUACAAUAAACAGACAUGCUUCCUCAUGCCCAUGCAUGCAGCCAAUAAUCCUAUUCAAGAAAAGUUGUCAGAAUGAGCACACCACUGGUUUUCAGCGUUCAGAAUCAAAGAUUUUUCGAACAUUCAUCAUGUGACUGUUGAACUAAAUGACGCUACACAGAACCAUGUACGUUAACGAUUUAGGAAUCACCAUCCUCUGAAUGAAAAAUGACGUUCGAAUCAAUGAAAAUGUUUUUGGAAAUCGUGGUUACUUGUAAUUUUAAUCUUUGCGGCUUUGGCAUCUGUUAUACCAAUGAUACACGAAACUUGGUGACAAUAUCUAGUGUAAUCAGAACUUUUUAGGGCCACUUGCACCAACGAAAAUGGAGGGUUAACCCACCAUUUUAUAUGGAAUUUGACAGAUGACAGCCCACUAACCCGAGUUGAAUGUUUGGUGCAAGUGGGCCUUAGUUAUACAAUAAAUCGUUCUCAGUGUCUUCCCCUUUUGUAUUAAAUAUAAUUAAAUAACUAAUAAUUAUUAAGUUGCAAGUGUUAAAUACCAGUUUACCUCUAAAUAGUAGAGUUCGAUUUCAAUGUAUUAUUAUGUAGACCACGUGUAGUACUGUGUGACAUUAUCGUACCUAAAACUACUAAAAGCAAUACAGCAUGGACCAUGAUGUCAAACUUAUAUGUGUUGGUGUUUCCAAAAACUUCCAUUUUUUAUAUUUUUAUAAUGUAAUAUUAAUUUUAGUAUUCAUUACAUGGUUUGAUAUGGUAAUUAUGUUGCUAAUGCUUAAUUUCGACAUAGCGUAGCUAAGUGUUACUAAUAAUUACGAUUAAUGGGAAAAAGGAUAGCUAUCUAUUUCUAAUAGAUGGCGCUUAAUAUGAAAAAGAAUGUCCGAUAUAAUGUCUAUUGGAUGAAAAAAAAUGUCCAAUGGAAUGGGAACGUUGAAAAAUUUAAAAUAGUUCCCGUUUUGAACCAUUAAUACCAAUAAGUAAUACUAUUUUUGUAUCCUUUAUUUAACUCAAGUAUAGCUGCUAUUUUUAAUAAUCAAAUGCCUUAUUAAAUUAUUACCUACUAUUAUUCAAUAGAUGAUGCAGGCAUCUAAAUCUGUUAGGGUUUAAGGUAGAGGUGUAGAGACAUUGAGAAUGAGGUAGAACAGUUUCGGGAAUUCCUAUAGCUACAAAAAGUUAACUGGAUUUUAUGAUAAAGUUAAAUAUACCUAGCUUCAUUAAUGGUCUGUAGCACGUCAUUUGCGUUCGAUUGCUAUUUAUAACAGUUGUUAGCAGAUGUACUAACGUCGUAAACCUGCAUGAUAUAAGAUAUAUUUUUGAUCACCUGACUUUGCUCGUUCCUAGCGUUGUGUUUGACCUCACACGGCACACAGGCCUGUCGCUGAGAUGUUAUGAUGCCCGUUGGUGGCCCGUUUGCAUGGUUUCGUGGAUGAAAGCAUCUGUUUAUAUGAUCAUUUAAGAUUGUCGGCCUUGUUGGUUUUACAGUUAGUGUAGAAUAAAGUUAAGUACUGACUAACAGCGUAAUAUAGACAUCGACCACUAAAACCUUUUAAAAACAUUGUAAAUAUUACCGCUGGCGAUGUGAGCCUCAAACUAUGAAACUCAUACGAUCCGCUAAUAAAUAGUAAUAUGAUAACAACUCUUAGGUUUCGCGUCGCCAGUUGAUAAUAUGUAUAACAAAGCUACAAAAUAAUACCGACUGAAAAUUGUCCAUAUUAAAUAACAUGUAGCGAACCCGUGUAAAGACUCCUCACUCAUGCUCAGUUUUGUAUAAGGUGGUACCUAAUGCCGAGAUCUACUGUGUGUCUAAUCGUUCGAUGUUGACCUGUAUGUAUA